AAUCUCGUGUCACAAACACACACUGUCUUGUAACUGUUGCUGUAAUUUAACAUACAUCAACUAAACUAAAAUGUUAUUACCUUAUAGAAAAUUUGGCACACACAAAAAAAUGGUCGACUAACGCUGAUAGAAAGAUGUCAAAUGAUCCCCCAAAUCUUUCUCUCAUGUUCAUCAGUUACCCCACUUGAUAGCAGAUUUUCUGGAUAUAGGAAUCAAGACUGAAUAGGGUCAGAAGUAGUUUAAAUACAUGAUCCUCAUAUGUUGCCUACCAGUUAUUCCAUUUAAACAAUAUAUAUAUUUACUGUGUAAUACAUGUUCAUUUAUUACAAAUGUUUGUACCUUGCAUUUUGCAUAUUUUGAGGGAAUUUAAAGACUUGCCUUAGAUAUAGAUGUGUGAUCACAUGCAAUUACACAUUAAAUACGUAUUGAUGUAGAGUCAGAAGCUGCUUGCCGUUAAUUGCAGUGAUUAUUUUAUUAAGCAGCCUAAAUAUUAUCUAUAUAAAUGGUAAUUCUCUCUUUACAUAAAUCUCUACCUUCUUUACGUCACUGAACCAAAUUGUAUAAGAACCGAUCACGUGGGGCCACGUGUAAGGUCCGUGUAGGCUACAUUUGAACCGUUUCAGGGUUUUGGGAAACACUUUCGUAAGCACACUGAUCAUUAUAGCUCCUCCCUUGGUGAUCUUCUGUCGAGUGGCGAGUAUAUAUACAGACAGUAAUAAGAGAUGGACAUGAUGCUCUAUUUCUUGACUCCGCAUCUGUCACGCAUUGUCUUUCAAUUCAUAAGAUGUCGUAUGUUGCAAUCACCGGGAAGACACAUGUGGAAGAGCCACUGCAAUGCCACAAUAUUGCUUUGGUAAAGAAUAACGAGUUUCAUUUAGUUCAAGUCAAUGGUACAUGGAAACGCAAAACGGUAAAGAAUUUGAAUAAAAACUUGAAAGGUCGAGUAUCAGCUGCCAAAAUCUAUGAGAGCACCACGGAGCAAGGCACCUCCUGGACAGUGAUCAGUCCCAUCGUCUUCACCUACAAGGUGAUUGAGUCCCUGGGCCUGCUGGACCCCAGCAACGACACCCUGCUCCUGGGCCACAUCAGGGACCCCCAGCAGCAGGAGGCCCUGAGGAGCAGCAUCAGCACCAAGCCCCUGAGGCGCUUCGUGGUCAUGGACCAGACCGUCUACAACCUCUAUGGCUGCCAGCUCACAGACUACUUUGAGGCUCGUAAUGUUCUCUACAGGAUCCUGCCCUUGACCACCACAGAGGAAAACAAGUCCAUGGAGCUGGUGAUGAAGAUCCUGGAGGAGGUCCAUAAGUUCUCCCUGGACAGACGCACAGAGCCCAUUAUUGCUAUUGGUGGAGGGGUCUGCCUGGACAUCGUGGGCCUGGCGGCUUCCCUCUACAGGAGACGCACCCCCUACAUCCGUGUCCCUACCACCCUCCUCUCCUAUGUCGACGCCAGCGUGGGGGCAAAGACUGGGGUGAACUUUGCCAACUGUAAAAAUAAGCUGGGUGGCUACAUCCCCCCAGUGGCUGCUUUCCUAGACCUGUCCUUCAUUCAAACAGUUUCCCGAAGACACAUCUCCAAUGGGCUGGCCGAAAUGUUAAAGAUGGCCUUGAUGAAACACAGAGGUCUCUUUGAGCUGUUGGAGACCCACGGUCCGUUCCUGUUGGACUCCAAGUUCCAGUCUGACAGCGGUCUUCAUGGGGACAACAAAGACGCUGCCUCCGUGUCCACGCGCGUGGCCAUAGAAGCCAUGCUAGAGGAGCUGGCCCCCAACCUGUGGGAGGACGAUUUGGACAGACUGGUAGACUUUGGUCACAUUAUCAGCCCAGAGCUGGAAAUGAAGGUGCUCCCAUCCUUGCUGCACGGAGAGGCGGUCAACAUCGAUAUGUCCUACAUGGUGUAUGUGGCCCAUGAGAGAGGCCUCAUGACAGAGGAAGAAAAGCUGCGGAUUAUAGGCUGCAUGGUGGGGCUGGAGCUGCCUGUGUGGCAUCAGGACGUUACUUUGGCACUGGUGCAGCACUCACUUUGUGAGAGGCUGAAUCACUCUGGUGGACUGGUCAGGAUGCCUCUACCCAUUGGCCUAGGGCACGCAGAGAUCUUCAAUGACACGGGUGAUGAAAGCCUGUACAGAGCGUUUGAGAAGUGGUGUGAUGAGCAGCGACUGCAGUGACCUGAACUGGUCCAAAGACUUUGUAUUGCUGUACAUGAUUUAUGUUGAAUGAUUGAAAUGAUUGGAACAAGGAUGUAUCAUUUCUGCAUGACACAUUGGCACAGAUAUCUGGAAUGCUCAACCAUUUUUACAUAGUUGUAGAUGAUAUUUGUUGGUGCUGUUGAUUUUUCAGAUUGACUUGAUUUGAUUGGAAAUAGCAUAUCCUGUCUUGUCAUAUUGAACAAAAUCAACCUCACAGUUGUACUACUAUUUUACGAAAAGGGAUUUUCAUCAAAACUGUAUGUUUUAUGACUUUGUAUUGCAAUUGAUGUUUUUGAUGUCACUUUUUCUUCACCAUUAAAUCAUUUUUAAGAACUUAA